AUGACGGAGAAGUCGCCCUUGAGCCUCGUCGACAGGUUCCGUGUUCAGGUUGAACAACGAAAUCUGAAUGACAGGGCUUUGAUCGAGGGACCUCUUGUACACCUGAGCGAUAAGGAGCUCCAGGCAGACGUGAAAGAAUUUUCAAACCAACUCCCCGAUGUCGAAUACAAAGAUGUUCUCCGAGCAGCACGCGUCGCAAAAGACAUACGUACGUACGACCAAGUCGCGAGAAACUUCGCCACGCAGACAAACCUCCUCGUGACCUUGGAGGAGGAAGAGAAGGAAGGCCUGGUAUCAGAGGACGACGAGCUCCGAGGGCAGUUCCGCCAGAUCUUCCCCGUCAUCCUGACAGUCGGCUGCGCUGCCUUUCUUCAGGGCCACGUCCAGGCCUCCUUCAACUGCGCAAGCCUUUACGCCCAGCGGCUCGAGUGUCUCAGCUGUCGUGAUCUGCCAAAUGACCCGCUCUGGCAGUGGAAGCUCGGGGCGGCGAACUCGAGCCCGUUCUUCGCUGCCGCCAUCAUCGGGGCGCCUUGCUCCCUCCUUUUCAACUUCUGGGUCGGCCGCCGAGGAGCCAUCACGGUUGCCGCGCUUAUGAUCCUGGCGAGCUCUCUGGGCUCUGCAUAUGUGAAUACCUGGUGGCAGCUGUUGUGUGUGAGAGUCGUAAAUGGCGUCGGCAUGGGCAUCAAAGCCGUCAGUACUCCUAUCUUGGCCGGUGAGAUCGCCUUCACCCAAUGGCGUGGCUCUUCUACUCUCAUGUGGCAGUUAUGGGUGGCUUUUGGAAUAGCAAUCGGUUCCGUGAUCAACCUGGGCAUCGCUGCUUGGAACGAUGCAACCGAUGACAGCGACGACCCAAGCAACCAAAUUCAAGCCCUGAGAGAAAUACUAGGGGCACCUUUUCUACAAGCCCUGAGAGACCUAUACCUCAUCCACAAGUCAGUCGAGCUGGACGAGUACCGAGUCACCGCCUCCGAGCUCGAAAAUGCCGGCAUGUCGCAUGCGAAGUCCGGACUCACAUAUGCAAACCAAUUUUGGACGGCCGUGGUUUAUUGCUCUCGGCAAUACGCUCUUCUCUUCACACAGACAAAGUUGAGGAAUGCCGUGUUGAGUACAUGUGUAGUAGCACUAGCUCAGCAGCUGUGUGGAAUCAACGUGUUCGCCUUCUACUCGAAUACCUUCUUCGUCGGCACCAGCGGCAACAGGCUGAGCGCCAUGGGUUUCAGUACCGGCUUUGGAGCUGUCAACUUCGUUUUCGGCCUUCUUGCCAUAAGACGCAUUGACACAUGGGGCAGACGGAAACUGAUGUUGACCACGCUGCCCGUCAUGAGUCUCUGCCUUGCAGCGGCUGCAAUGCUCUUCAUCAACAAGACGCACCUCGUACCGAUAGUAGUGUUCAUAUAUUUAUUUGCUGCGGUGUACUCUCCCAGCUUGGGACCUAUCCCAUUUACACUGGCAUCCGAGAGUUUUCCGCUGGCACAACGAGAAGCUGGCUGCUCCAUCGCGAUAGCAGUGAACCUCUUCUUCGCCGGCGUGCUGACCCUGGUAUAUCCAGAACUGGACCCGGCACUCCAUCGCUGGGGCGGGCUGGCGCUCUUCUCAGCCCUCAACCUGGUGGCUUUCGUGCUCGUGUUCCUGCUCGUCGAGGAGACAAAGGGCUUCAGCCUCGAAGAUCUAUCCAUGGUCUUCGCCGUGCCCAAGCACAAGUUCGCGGCCUUCCAGCUCCGAUACGUAGGGUACCUGUACCGGAGGUACAUCCGCAGAUGCAAAGAUGAGGAGGAGCCCGAGUUCUACACCGUCGCGCUGGACCACCGCCGUAACAACCAGCCUGAUGCAGGCGUUCGGAGUGGGGAGGAGUCUGACAUGUCUGAAGAAUGA